UGAAUGACAAAUGAUUCGCAGGUUUCCUCCUUCUGCAGGAGGUAUAAAAGCCGGAGAAACGCUCUACAUCGACACAACAACCAAGCUAUUUGGUUAAGAACAGAACUACCUUGGCAAGAUGAUGUUUUACUUUGUCGCCUUUGCACUCGCUGCUACAGUGCAAUCUCUACAGUACGGUCCGGGAUCGCCAGUCCUGGGGGACCCGCGACUCGUCGGUAUCAAGUCUAAUCCAUUUGCUGACGUCAUGAGACUCCCCAUCAAAAUGAAGCAAUGUCGCGCAGCCACUCAUUACAAUGCGGACGCCAUCUUUGACCAGAGUUUCGUCUGCCCUAAGAACAAGCUUCCGGCAACAUGGCCAGCUAACGACACAGACAGAUUCUUCAUCCCGCUUCCAGAAUUUCCUUAUUAUGCACAACAACCCCUGUAUACUGCUUUCACCAAUCCCAAUAACGACCCCCAGGCUGUUGCAUACUACACACAAACCUACAACGCCCUGGAGACUGAUAAAUACUCCGGAUUAGAUAUGGAUUUCUCUCAAUGCUUCUCUGACCUCUACAAAUACGAGGACGCCGUGCAGAUCACUAAGUACAAGCUUGCCCCCGUCUGUAAGACUACCCACGUACGAUUGUCAUCUGAGGCAAUCUGGCACAAUUACAACGGCAAAAACUACAAGUGUUUCAUCCCUUACCCACAGGAACUCACAGCCGUCAAAUGCACUCACCCACAAUACGGAAACAUCGACAAAUGCAGACUUGGAUACGGAGUCAGAGACGAAUACAGAUGUGCCCCAACCAACUUCGUCCGCAGAAAGGUUAACCUCGUUUGCCCAAAAAUCCAGAUGGUCUUUAUUCGAUCAUUUGAUGUCCCCACUGCCUGCAGCUGCAAGCUCUGUUACGAAUGUGAUAAUGUCAUCCCCGACCCUCGGGCUUAUCUUUCUAUCCCACUAGGAAAGAAGUAAACAAGAAAAUCCUGCUAAUAUUGUGAUAACAGAUGGCGAAAUGAGGAACUCGAAAAUAGCUGACGAUGAAAUCUUCGUCCGAUAGUUUGUUUCUUUAUUUUGUCAGCUGUCUGAUUACAGAAGAAUCUACACAAAAAGUGCCAUACUGUGCUGAUUUUAAAAUAUUGCGUGUGAGUGUAUGUAUGAAGCAAUCGCGUUCGGGCACGUGCAAUGUAUUAAUUUGCUCUUUAAUGUAUAUUGUCCAAUUGUAGGUGCAUAUGUUAUGUACAAUAAUUGUAAAUGUGAAACUGUUUCAUUGUGAUUUUGUUCAUCAUCAUCUGUUGUUAUUUGAAGUCCCUAUUACUUUGUUGAGAUAUUUUUACAAUAAAAGAAUGAAAUAAA